UUCAGCAGAGAGUUUCUGUCUGUGUCUGUGAUCAGGGUUUACUGAGCACCACCAAGAUGUCCUGCCAGCAAAGCCAGCAGCAGUGCCAGGCCCCUAAGUGCCCCCCUAAGUGUCCUCCCAAGUGCCAGACCCCUAAGUGCCCUCCUAAGUGCCCUCCCCAGGCUCCCUGCCCUCCUCCAGUCUCUUCCUGCUGUGGCUCUAGCUCUGGAGGAUGCUGCAGCUCUGGGGGAUGCUGUGGGUCCAGCUCUGGGGGGUGCUGCAGCUCUGGCUCCGGGGGCGGCUGCUGCCUCUUUUCCCAUCACAGGAGAUCCCACAGACCCCGGCACCAGAGGUCUGACUGCUGUGACAGUGGCAGUGGGCAUGGCCAGCAGUCUGGGGGCUGCUGUGGGAGCUCUGGGGGCUGCUGCUGACCUGGUGCCCUGACCUAGGAAGAGCAGAAGAGGCAAUUGAUUGCCUCUGCUCCCUUUUCUCCUCACUUCUUAGCCUCUUCCCUCUCUGCCUUGAUUUGACCUGUGCAGGUGUUCUGAGGACACUGAGACAACAAUCAAAGCCUAUCAUUUCAUUUUCUCUCAACUUCCCAGAAUUCAAACCAUCUUUCUCUUCCUCUUCUAUCCCAAGCAACAAUAAAGAUUAAUUUUUUCUGCUCAUACC